AUUACAUAACACUGAAGAUAAAGCAGCAACAAUGCUGGCACUACCUAAAGUAGACAGACAUAGAGAUUCUGCUACUCCAAACUUCCAUCUCCAUUAUGAAAACAAUAACUGUACUGAUGACAUGCACCAGUUGCCACCUAAUCAUGAUGCUGAAUCUGCAAAGAAAUUGGCUACUGCUGCUACUCCACAUUGUGGUUCAUCAAAUGUGGUAGAAGUGCUAGUUGAAUGUAAUGUUGGGAACCUCAGUAUCAAUAGAAGUGUUUCAGGAAGCAACAAUGGAAGCAAUGGCCAAAAUGGGGGCAGCACAGCAGUUAAUGCUGGAGGAACAAACAUGGAAAGCAACAAUGGACUCCCUGGGAAUAGUGGCAGUGGCGAUGCUAGUGGAAGUAGAAGUGCCAACAGAGUAGAUCAAAACAAGACUUCUCAAAGGGAAGCAGCCUUAACUAAAUUUCGCCAAAAGAGAAGAGAAAGAAAGGAGAGGUGCUUUCAUAAAAAGACAGUGGCACUCCCUUCAAGUGACAGUCAUGUCCAGAACUAGCAAGAUGUUGUCAUGAGUG